AUGAGAUCGACAGCGCUGGCCCUGCAGAGUAAGCACUGGGCGGCGAGUGCAUUUGUCCAACUCCAGCCGCUGUUCCCUAAACGCACCGUCAGCAGCACCAAACAAGACUGCACUGUCACCAGCGGACAUCUUGCCUAA